CUUGGGAACUGUCUCGUGGUUGGGGGGUGGGGGGGAAAGAUGGCGGAGCUGAUGCUCCUCAGCGAGAUUGCGGACCCGACGCGUUUUUUCACCGACAACUUGCUGAGCCCGGAGGACUGGGACAGCACCUUGUACGCCGGCCUGGAUGAAGUGGCCGAGGAGCAGACGCAGCUUUUCCGUUGCCCGGAGGAAGAUGUCCCGUUUGGCAGCAGCUCCCUGGACUUGGGGAUGGAUGUCAGCCCUCCCGAACCCCCCUGGGACCCUCUGCCUAUCUUCCCAGAUCUUCAGGUGAAGUCUGAGCCAUCCUCCCCCUGCUCUUCCUCCUCCCUCAGCUCUGAAGCAUCACAUCUUUCCACAGAGCCCUCCAGCCAGGCUUCUGGUGUAGGGGAGGUGCUGGUUGUGAAGACAGAGUCCUUGGCGCCCCCACUCUGCCUUCUGGGAGAUGAUCCAACAUCCCCUUUUGAAACCGUCCAGAUCAAUGUGGGCCCCACCUCUGAUGAUCCCUCAGCUUUUGUGUCAUGCUGCCGUCCUGCAGAUGUCCAGAUUAAGAUAGAGCCUGUCUCUCCAUCUUCCUCCAUCAACUCGGAGGCGUCCGUGCUCUCGGCAGAGUCCCCCAACCAGACGUUUAUAGGGGAGGAAGUAUUAGAAGUGAAGACAGAGUCCCCGUCCCCUCAAGGGUGUCUCCUGCGGGAUGUCCCAGGCCCUGCACUUGGAGCUGUCCAGAUCACCAUGGGCCCGUCCUCCGAUGGCUCCUCAGGCAAAGCUCUGCCCACUCGGAAGCCACCGCUGCAACCCAAACCUGUGGUGAUAACCACUGUCCCAAUGCCACCCAGAGCUGUGCCUCCCAGCACCACUGUCCUUUUGCAGCCCCUUGUCCAGCCACCCCCAGUGUCCCCAGUUGUCCUCAUCCAAGGUGCUAUUCGAGUCCAGCCUGAGGGACCAACCCCCGCUGCUCCACGGCCCGAGAGGAAGAGCAUUGUUCCGGCUCCUAUGCCUGGGAACUCCUGCCCACCCGAGGUGGAUGCCAAGCUGCUGAAGCGGCAGCAGCGAAUGAUCAAGAACCGGGAGUCAGCCUGCCAGUCCCGGAGGAAGAAGAAGGAGUAUCUGCAGGGGCUGGAGGCGCGACUGCAGGCCGUGCUGGCUGACAACCAGCAGCUCCGGCGGGAGAAUGCUGCCCUCCGCCGGCGGCUGGAGGCUCUGCUGGCCGAGAACAGCGAGCUCAGGUUGGGGUCUGGAAACAGGAAGGUGGUCUGCGUCAUGGUCUUCCUUCUCUUCAUCGCCUUCAACUUCGGGCCCGUCAGCAUCAGUGAGCCUCCACUGGCACCCAUCUCUCCUCGGACGAGCAGAGAAGAGCCUCGACCACGCAGACACUUGCUGGAGUUCUCAGCACAGGAGCCAGCCGAGCCCCCCCGGCGGCCCUCCCAGGGCCUGGAGGAGCCCCAGCCCAGCCCUGCAGGCCGGCCAAGUUUCAGGAACCUGACAGCCUUCCCUGGGGCCGCCAAGGAGCUGCUGCUGAGAGACCUGGACCAGCUCUUCCUCUCCUCCGAUUGCCGGCACUUCAACCGAACUGAGUCCUUGAGGCUUGCUGACGAGCUGAGUGGCUGGGUCCAGCGGCACCAGAGGGGCCGGCGGAAGAUCCCCCAGAGGGCCCAGGAGAGGCAGAAGUCUCAGCUACGGAAGAAGUCACCUCCAAUUAAGGCAGCAGUCCCCACCCAACCCCCUGGGCCCCCAGAAAGGGACGCUGCGCGCCAACUGCAGCUGUAUCGCCACCCGGACCGUUCACAGCCAGAGUUCCUGGAUGCAAUCGACCGACGGGAAGACACGCUUUACGUUGUCUCCUUCCGAAGGGACCACCUGUUGCUCCCAGCCAUCAGCCACAACAAGACCUCUCGGCCCAAGAUGUCCCUGGUGAUGCCCGCCAUGGCCCCCAAUGCUGCGGGGCCAGGACUGGAGAGCCCAACACGUUUGCCUCAUCGUUCUGCUAUGGCUUCUGGAUGCAGCACAUCUGGAUUCCGGGGCCCAGAUGUGUGGUUGCCACAGCGACCUUGGUCCCUCUGGCUCCCUCCUCCUCCCUGUCGCUGCCCAGAUCGACGGUCAGGUCGCAGCUUAGUGAGCCCCUGCUGCAGGGAACAAGCAAGGGGACAUCCAGGGCUGCCAAGGGAAGCCCACCCACCCUGCCCUGAGUGCCCCCUUCCCAAGGUCGGGGGCAGAGCAGGUGCAGAGGCAUUGUGGCCACUGGUUACCCAGGUAAGGAACUGCUCUCGGGAGAUGGAGGGAAAGGCAGGGAGAUGUGGGGACUUCUAGCCCCACAUCCCAGGUGAAGGUUGGCAGGAGAGCCUCCCAGAGCAGGGACUUUUGCGUUGGGGCAGAGGUAAUAGGACCACACACUGGGGACUGGAGUCCCUGUGGACGGUGCGUCUGGGAGGAUGGAUGGGUGCUUGGAGUGGAGGAGUGGAUGCUGGGGUUUGGACAGGACCCCGUGCUGGCACCAAGGCGGAGGUGGUGGUCGGUAAGGUAAGGUGGGACUCUGGGCUCUGGAGGUGCCAGGGCUGGGAGAAACCAGGGGCCAGCUGAACCUCAGGAGGAAAAUGCUGGUGGAACCCCAAGUUCUCCGGCUGGAGCGGCUGAGCCAGAACUCCAGCUUCUUUGCGCAUCCAGAUGGGGACUCUCCGGUGGCAGCACAUGCGCUUCUAGGCUGGAGGAGGGUCUGGGGGUCUUGAGCCCUUAGGAAAUGCUGAAGCGGAGCAGGAUCAGGACUCCCAGGUCUGGGAAGGGCACAGAGCCUGUAGAGAGAAUCCUAAAACUUGUUCUUGGCGGAAAGCUUCGCACCCAUGACUCACGGUUCAGCGAGGCUGAGAUGACUGAGAGGUGCCUCCAGAGGCACAGGGGCUCCGUCUUUGCUCGUCCCCCUUCCAGGCUCUCCCUGCUCCUGUCCGUCUAAACCUCCCCCCUCCACGUGACACACCCUGGGUGGGACGGGCGGGACCCUUAUCUCGCCUGGAAAGAAUUUAAUGGCUUGGAAACAACUGGAAGUGGAACUGAGAGGAACUACUGGGAAGCAACUCGGAAACACGGAAACUUCACAGCUGCUGGCCGUCCGCUUCCAAUCCCCACCCACUUCCCAGAGCCUCAGCCCCCUCCCCUUUCCCUGACCUGGCGUCCAAAUCCCCAGGGACCCCGCACCUCGGUUCCUCAAAAUUCCUUUCCCCCUCAGUCCUUGUCACUCCGUGCAGGACCAGAACCUGCCUUCCUGUCCCUCACUGCCCCUGCCUCUGGACUCCUUCCCCAGGGGUCUGGAAAUUCUCUUUUAAUUUCCUUAUCUCUCUCGGGUCCAUUAGCUUCCCAGAAUACAGGGCAUCUCAAUUCUCCAACUCCCUUGCUCCCGGUGCCUCCUUGCCACCUGGUUCCACCCCAAUAUCUGGAACCCACCAUCACCUCCAUCCUUCAUCUCACGGUCCUGGAACUCUUUUACCUUCACUUCUCUUGUAGCAUAAGGGGCAGAGGGGAGCGUGGGGGUGGGCCCCCAACCCUCCCACCUUUGGGACAUCCCUCGUGGAAGCCAGCCCCUUCCCCCACCUCUUGGGACCUAGAGUCCCUGAUGAGCAAAGUGUCAAAAUUGGCCACUGCAUGAAUACCCGGCAGGCUGAGUCACAGCUUGGGAAGGUGCCCCCAUCCCUGCCAGCCCUCCAACUGUGGGGAGGAUGCCCAGUGCAUGAGGCCACAUCUCCCCUCCUUCCCCCCCUGCAGAAAGCACCCCAGAUACGGCAGUAGGGGGGAUGAUGAGCGGAAAACACAGGGGACACCUCCGUUUUCCGCUUUCCUGGUGCUGACAGAAGCGUGGAAUUCUUCCAAGAAUUGAGAGCUGGGAUUGUGGGGAUAGUAGAGACUGGGCAGGAGAGGGGACUGGGGAAGGAGGCUCGGGGGUGUGUGGCCUAUGGGGGCCAUGCCUCUCCUUUCAGACCAGUUUACCACUUUCCUGCUUUUCUUCUUGCCACAGAGACAACCCCCAUUACCCCCCACCAUGUGGAGAAAGAUGCAGGAUCCUGUUGUGGAGAGGGGGGUACUGGACAGCUCCCAAAGGCCUCCAGGGGUGUGGGGCACCCUGUAUCCUCUG